AUGUCACUCGACGUUACUCAAGUUCUCUUAAGUGCACAAUCUGCUGAUGGCGCAAUUAGGAAACAUGCUGAAGAAAGCCUCAAGCAAUUCCAGGAGCAGAACCUCCCUGGAUUCUUGCUCUCCCUUUCAAGCGAGUUGGCCAAUGAAGAGAAACCUGAGGAGAGCCGCAGGUUAGCUGGCUUGAUUCUUAAGAAUGCACUGGAUGCAAAGGAGCAGCACAGGAAGAAUGAGCUUUUCCAGAGAUGGCUGGCACUGGAUGCUGGUGCCAAGGCACAAAUUAAAGGAUUGUUGCUGCAAACUCUCACAUCUCCUGUUGCAAGUGCCAGGUCCACUGCUUCCCAAGUUAUUGCCAAGGUUGCUGGUAUUGAGAUUCCGCAGAAGCAAUGGCCAGAGCUUAUAGGAUCAUUGCUCGCAAAUAUACAUCAGGUCCAGCCAAAUGUCAAGCAAGCAACUCUUGAAACACUUGGCUAUUUAUGUGAGGAAGUUUCUCCAGAUGCUGUUGACCAAGACCAAGUCAAUAAAAUACUUACAGCUGUUGUUCAGGGUAUGAAUGCUUCUGAGGCAAACUCUGAUGUGAGGCUUGCAGCUACACGGGCAUUGUAUAAUGCUUUGGGCUUUGCUCAGGUUAACUUCUCGAAUGACAUGGAGCGUGACUAUAUCAUGAGAGUAGUUUGUGAAGCGACUCAGUCUCCGAGCUGUGAGGGAGAUGAGGAGUCAGUUGCACUCCAGGCUAUUGAAUUCUGGAGUUCCAUUUGUGAUGAGGAAAUUGACAUUCUGGAUGAGUACAGCAGUGAAUUUACAGCUGAUUCUGAUGUUCCAUGCUACUACUUUAUCAAGCAGGCUCUUCCUGCCUUGGUGCCGAUGUUGUUGGAAACUCUCCUCAAGCAAGAGGAAGACCAAGAUUUGGAUGAAGGUGCUUGGAAUCUUGCAAUGGCUGGGGGAACUUGUUUGGGCCUGGUGGCAAGGACUGUUGGUGAUGACAUUGUUCCUCUUGUAAUGCCUUUUGUGGAGGAGAACAUAACCAAGUCUGAGUGGAGACAGAGAGAGGCUGCAACAUAUGCCUUUGGGUCUAUCUUGGAGGGCCCAUCAGCUGAUAAACUGGCUCCUCUUGUUAAUGUUGCGUUGGGCUUCAUGCUGUCCGCGCUGAUGAAGGAUCCCAGUAACCAUGUAAAGGACACAACUGCUUGGACACUUGGGAGAAUCUUUGAGUUCCUUCAUGGUUCAGCACUUGAAACUCCUCCUAUCAUCACGUCCGAGAAUUGUCAGCAAAUACUUACUGUGCUGCUUCACAGCAUGAAGGAUGUCCCAAAUGUGGCAGAAAAGGCAUGUGGGGCCCUCUAUUUCCUUGCACAAGGCUAUGUGGAUGCUGGAUCUGCAUCACCAUUAUCCCCUUUCUUUCAAGAUAUUGUUCAGAACCUUCUUAUGGUCACUCACAGGGAGGAUGCUGGAGAAUCUCGGCUGCGAACAGCAGCAUAUGAGACCCUAAAUGAAGUUGUCAGGUGCUCCACUGAGGAGACGGCCCCUAUUGUUAUGCAGUUAGUACCUGUGAUCAUGGUGGAGCUCCAUCAGACACUUGAAGCCGAAAAGCUGUCAACUGAUGAGAGGGAGAAGAGGAGCGAACUGCAGGGCCUCCUUUGUGGUUGCUUGCAGGUCAUUAUCCAAAAGUUGGGAGGGAUGGAGUCAACUAAGUACUCUUUCUUGCAGUAUGCUGAUCAGAUGAUGGAUCUGUUUUUGAGAGUUUUUGCAUGUCGAAAUGCCACAGUGCACGAAGAGGCUAUGCUUGCUAUUGGUGCAUUGGCAUAUGCAGCUGGUCCAAACUUUGCAAAGUACAUGUCACAGUUUUAUCAGUAUUUGGAGAUGGGACUUCAGAACUUUGAGGAGUAUCAGGUGUGUGCCAUUACCGUGGGCGUUGUUGGUGAUCUCUGCAGAGCACUGGAAGACAAAAUUUUACCCUUCUGUGAUGGCAUCAUGACCCAGCUCCUGAAGGACCUGUCCAGUAACCAGUUGCACAGAUCUGUGAAACCACCGAUAUUUUCGUGCUUUGGUGAUAUUGCACUGGCAAUUGGGGAGAACUUCGAGAAGUAUUUGAUCUAUGCGAUGCCUAUGCUGCAAAGUGCUGCUGAUUUGUCGGCCCAUACCACCGCAACUGAUGAUGAGAUGCUCGACUACACCAACCAGCUAAGGAAUGGAAUCUUGGAAGCCUACUCUGGUAUCCUGCAAGGAUUUAAGACUUCACCCAAGACACAACUACUGAUGCCAUAUGCUCCACAUAUUAUUCAGUUCCUUGAUGCUCUGUACAAUGGAAAGGAUAUGGAUGAUACUGUGAUGAAGACUGCAAUAGGUGUCUUGGGAGAUCUGGCCGACACAUUGGGUGUCCAUGCUGGCCCGUUGAUCAAUCAAUCCACCUCAAGCCAGGCAUUUUUAGAGGAAUGCUUGGCAUCAGAUGAUCCUUUGGUGAAAGAAUCUGCCGAGUGGGCGAGGAUAGCAAUCAGCCGUGCAGUUUCGGGUUGA